AACUGUAAAGGGGUGGAGAGCCAAAAAAAAAAAAGUGACAGCAUUGUUAGUUGAAGUCAUUCCAUCUCGUCAUUGUUGUCUCCAGUGAAUCCAGGAUGGGUCCUGUUGGGUUUCUUCUUCUGCUUGUCCCGUCUGUCCUCAGAGCACAGGUGAACACAGAAUUCUCAUCAGGAGUCAUGGUAGAGAUGGACAACAGCACUGACUCCUUAACAAACAGCACUAGAACCUCAGGAAUGCCCAGCGUUCCAUCCAACCCCUCUAAGACUUCUGGGUUUGUAGUGACACCUUCAGAAGAGGACGACUGGUCAACAGCAGAGACCUUCCUUUACAGCGGAGAUCCCUCUGAUGUGGAAGGGGCCCGGUGCUCUCGGCCAUACAGUCCACCAGGGAAACAUGGACCUCUUCCUAAGACUUUUAGUGACCCACUCCGCCCAGCUCUGGAUGCACUGGCCAACACCGCCAACUUCCUCAACAUGAUCUUCCAGGCUAGUGACUUGCGAGAAAGCACCGUGCAGGAAGACAUGGAGUGGUACCAUGCACUGGUCCGGGCCCUCUUGGAGGCCGACAUACUCAUCCAGCGGGCCCUACUCACCUUUGACGCUGAUCCAACUGCCCCAGUGCCACAACUGGUGCUUUGUGCAACCCGGAACCUGACGGCUAAGGUUCAGACAGUGGUGCUUCAGGAUUUAUCCAAAGCCUGGGAGAGUCUCCAUCCUCCAAUUCCAGCUCCAGAUGAUAGCUGGUUCAGCAGCUUCAAAUUCCCUCCAUCUAACCAGCCACCAGCCGUCCUGUCCAAGAGGGUAUUGCUCAAUGACUUAAGCACCUUGGAAACACCGAAGUGGGCACAUGGAGAUGGGUACGUGACCAAUCGUAGUGGGGUUCGCUGGGCCAGUGCCCCUUUUCUGGACUGUAAGGACACACGCUUUGUGCCAGGAUGGCAGCUCACUUUGUCCACGUCAUUCUACGGCCUCAAACCAGAUCUGACACCAGAAUUCAGGGGUGUGAUCCGUGUGGACGUCAGGAUCCAGGAUAUCGACGUGAACCAGUGUGCAGCAGGAGACAGCUGGUUUGCCGACACUCAUCAGUGCAACCGCACCUCCAUGGAGUGUGUACCAAUUCCGGGUCGUGGCUUUCGACUGGGUCAAUACUGUUGCCACUGCAAACAAGGCUACUACAACCCGGGCAUGGCCGCUCAGGAUUAUGAUGGCGACUCGGUGAAUGCAAGUGAUGGCGACAGAACGUGUUUUCCCAUCAUGCCCGUGUGUCUGCCGUGCUGGCCGGGCUGUGCCAGCUGUCAGGAUGCCACGCCCUGCUCAGUCCAGGAGGACUGGUUCCUGAGGAGCAGCGUGCUCACCGUCCAGGGCAUCUUCAUGCUUCUCACCUUUGUCAGCAUGCUGGCGGCCUACUGCCACCGCCAAAACCGCAGGAUCCGAGCGUCGGGACUCAUGCUGCUGGAGACCAUCCUGUUCGGAUCCCUGCUCCUGUAUUUCCCGGUCUUCAUCAUGUACUUCAAACCCAGCACCUUCAGGUGUAUCCUGCUGCGCUGGGUGCGAAUGCUGGGCUUCUUCAUCGUUUACGGCACCAUCACACUGAAGAUGUACCGGGUUCUGAAGGUGUUCCUUUCCCGCACGGCACAGAGAGCGCCCUACAUGUCCAGCCUCCACUUGCUGAGGAUUCUGGGAGUGAUGCUGUUGACAGUCAGCUGGUUCCUGUGCGCAUGGACCGUGGCCGUCCUGCAGAACCGAGACCGGAACAUCCCAAUAUUCAUCACGUCCACCACGACGGACGGCCAGGGGUUCAACGCCUGUUACCUGGACCGCUGGGACUACAUGAUGGCUGUGGCUGAGCUUCUGUUCCUGUGCUGGGGCAGCUCUCUCUGGACCGCCGUCAGACCCGUCCCGUCGGCAUUCCAUGAGCCUCGUUACAUGGGCAUCGCCAUCCACAACGAACUCCUCCUCUCCUUAAUGUUCCAUCUACUCCGGUUCACGUUCCCUCAUCUCCAUCCUGAUUGGAUGUUGCUGCUGUCCUUCAUACACACCCACCUGACCAUCACCAUGACGCUGGCCCUGAUCUUCAUCCCCAAGUUCCUCUCUGUAUCUGUGCCAGUGAAAGAAACGAUUGCAGCAGAAGUGUACGAAGAUGAAGUGGACCUGCGGCGCUCUGGCUCAUGCCUCAACAGCAGUUUUCGCUCAGUUUGGAGUGACCACAGUACCGCCGCAGACGACCUUCGGGAUGAACUGAAGAAGUUAUACACCCAGUUAGAAAUCCACAAGACCAAGAAGAUGACUGCAAACAACCCUCAUCUCUCAAAGAAGCGGAGUUCUAGAUGCACAUUGGGAAGAUCACUUAUUCAACGCAUUGCUGAGAUCCCAGAAUCCAUGAGCCGGCGGUGCAGUCGUGAUGACAGAGAAGGUUCCAUGUUCAGUAGAAGAGUCAGCCAAUGUGACUCUUAUAAAGCCCCUGACACCAUUAGUAUAAGCUACAGAAGUUCAGUGAAAUCUCCUUCACCGGUGAUGCGAAAGUCGCAAAGUGAUCAUCACUACAUCAGAGAACAAGAAUCUUCUGUACGCGACUCACUGUUGAGGGCUAAUUCAGUGAAGAGAUCCUCCCAACGAUCAGAGACAGACUCCUUAGACAUCACACCAGGGGUCUGCAAGUCAGUCAGUGCUCAAAAUCUCACCAUUGACACCAAUCUCCUACAUCCUGACCACACUAGGCUUCACAAGUCCUUGAGUUUAACCUCCACUAAUGCCCAUACGAUGGAACAUAUACCCAAGGUCAACAGAGCCAACACAGUCCGGUCAAGGUCUAAGCAGAGUAUCUCCAUCAGUGACCAGAUUAUGAGCGCUCUCCAUUCAGAGUCAUUUGACAAGGCUGAAGUUUGUCCUUGGGAGGUGGCGCGAGAACAACUGGUGGAUAAGAACCAGAAGCAUGUCACCUAUGCACCUUCUCAGGAUGAUGAAUCAACAGGUCCACCAGCAAUAGCACUUAUCUGUCCUUGGGACCAUUUACCAGCAGUAGAGAGGAAACAAUCUGGAGAAAAAGGAACGGAAGCUGAAUGUGAAUCUCCCAAACUGCAAGCUCCUGUGUCUGCAAGUGCACCAGGUUCUCCAAGACCAAAGGUUACAAAAGAUCAGCGCGUCUUCUCCUUCCACAACAGCAACAAAUGGCUUUCUGUCAAAGCAAUUACUCGUAUGGCAUCUGUGGAUACAGGGAGUAAGGAUAAGUCCAAUAAGGAGAGACAUUUUAGUAAAGAGGAUUCGAUUUCACAAAAAAGUAAAGAAAGUGCUUCCACAAUGUUCAGGUCAACAACAGUUGGUAGAAAUAGAAGUAUUGAAAAGAAGACCAUACAGAAAAGAAGUUGGACCACAACAGAGGGGAAACCAUGUCUAGUAAAGCAACAAGCUAUCAGGUUGUCCUCUGGAGAUUCAUCUGACAGAAGCCCCAUAAGGCUUCGGAUUGGAAAGUCUGUCAUUUACCCAGGGGAUGUGGAAGACAUACAAAAAGACGGCACAUAUGAGAAUGUAGUUUUAUCGAGACAAAACAGCAAACGUAGUAGUAUAUGUUCUUGGGACACAUUAAGCAGCAGUUCUAGAACUCCUUCAACUCACAGAAGAGGUAGUUAUCGGAUUACACAAGACCGCAAUGUUUCUCAUACAGAUGCAGGUCCUAGGGAUGGAACUGGGUCUUUACUCAAAGCUGAAGGAUCAAAUACGCAGCAAUGCCUUGCAGCAGGCGUAUAUCUGAGGGAAUGGCAGGAGAAAGGGAACGUAAAGGAGCAAGAAACUGCUCAUGCUGGAGCGCAUCCCUUGGAAUCACAAGAUGGGAUUUCUAAACCAGCUCUGGCCAAAGAUGCACAAAUGGAACAACCUGUGAAGUUUGCAAUAGAAAUAUGUCCUUGGGAAUCAGAGGAAACGCCCCGAUCUUCAAAAACACAAGAUAAUGACUAUGCUAAUAUUUGUCCAUGGGACGUUUCCAACAAGACUGAAGCUGUAUAUGAAAACCUAACUCCUUCAGAUAAAGGAUCACUGAUGGUGCCAACGCGACAAGAAAAUAUGAAAGCUGCCCUCUAUCCCAGUGUGUCUAAAGAGAUUUCAAGCAAUAAGCAACAAAACUUUGAAAAAACAACUGCCCUCCGUUUGGCUGGUUCCAAGACCAAGGGAUCAGAAAGCUGUCCAUGGGAUUUCCCUGAUCCCCCCAACAUCACGGAAGUCAUUUGUCCUUGGGAACAGAAUGUCACUGAUGAAUCGGUGACUAAAAUGAACACAGUGUCACAGACCACCAUUAAAAUCACCAUCUGUCCCUGGGAAGCCGAAGAUAAAGACAAAUCAGAGAACUUGCCAACAACUGCCUUCCCUUUGGAAGUUGCAACAAAGACCCAGAUGAAGACCAACUUGGCCCUUCCAAAUGUCUGUCCAUGGGACAUGGUGGAAGCAGAGUCAGUCAAGUCUGAAGCCUCAAAAGGACCAGAGAACCUCCAAAAACAAAGUAAUUUGGCCAAAGAUAUUUGUCCUUGGGAGACGACCAAUGUUGCUAAACUACAAGACAUACCUGAGAGCAUUCGAGAUGAUGUUUGUCCAUGGGAAACCAAAGAACUAAAAGUUAUACCACAUAAAGAAAGGAGCAUUCGGCCAGAUGUUUGUCCGUGGGAAAAAGAGAAGCCAGUAGGUCUUCAAAAGAAAGAUAGCAUUCGCUCAUAUGUUUGUCCGUGGGACGCAGAGGAGCCACAAGGUGUCCCAAAGAAAGACAGCAUUCUGUCAGGUGUUUGUUCACAGGUGAAAGAGUCACCUAAAGCCAUUACAAAGAAACACAACACUCGCUCAGACAUUUGUCCAUGGAAUGCAGAGGAGACCAAAUGUUCAUCAAAGCGAGACAGUAUUCAGUCAGGUGUUUGUCCAUGGGAGUCAGAGGAGCCAAAAGGUGUCCAAAAGAGAGAUGGCAAUCAGUCAAGCAUUUGUUCACAGGUGAAAUAUUCUCCAAAAGUAUUCCAAAAGAAAGAUGUUUGUCCUUGGGAGUCAGAAGAUCCAAAAGAUGCCCAAGAGGGAAAGAGUAUUCGGUCAGAUGUUUGUCCUUGGGAGUCAGAAGAUCCAAAAGAUGCCCAAGAGGGAGAGAGCAUUCAGUCAGAUGUAUGUCCUUGGGAGUCAGAAGAUCCAAAAGAUGCCCAAGAGGGAGAGAGUAUUCAGUCAGAUGUAUGUCCUUGGGAGUCAGAAGGUUCCCAGAAGAAAGAUAUUAUUCGGUCAAACAUUUCUUCACAGGUGAAAGAUUCACCAAAAAUCCAAAACAAAGACAUUUGUCCUUGGGAUUCAGAAGAGCCAAACGGUGUCCAGAAGAGAGAGCGUAUUCAGUCAGACACUUGUCCUUGGGAGUCAGAAGAUCCAAAACAUGCCCAAAAGAAAGAUGGAUCCUGGGCAGAUGUUUGUCCUUGGGAUUCAGAGGAUCCAAAAAAUGUCCAGAAGAAAGAUAGCAUUCGGUCAAACAUUUCUUCACAGGUGAAAGAUUCAUCAAAAAUCCACAACAAAGACAUUUGUCCUUGGGAUUCAGAGGAGCCAAAUGGUGUCCAAAAUAAAGAUGGUAUUUGUCAACAACCAGAUGUCCAAAUUUGGGAGACCCAAGAGCCAGGAGUCAUCAAAAACCAAGACCACACUGACAGAGAGAAUCCACAAAAAUCAGCUGAAAUAAUGGUUGAUAUGAGCAGCACUGAUCAAAAGGGCGUCACUGAGAAUCAGGAAUCGGUGAACGUUGGAGCAGCUGCAGCAGAUAUCAGCACACAACUGUGUGUUGAUGGCGAUUUUAAAUCAAAUGUCACCCUGAGCCGGCGUGACGCUUUGUGUUCCUGGGAGAUGAUAAGGAGCAGAUCUAGUUCAUUCACGGACAAUGUCUCAGAUGUUUUCAUGUGGGAACCUGAGAACAUUCCAGAGGAAGAUGAAGACGAUGAUGCAGAAUGUGCUGCCGAGGCGCUCAUAUUCCCACCUGACUUAUGAACCACAUCUAGACUCCAUCAUCUGCUGCAGUAUAGACACUAGAGAAAAAGUGAUAGCUUGUGGAAAGAUUCACAAUCCUGCAGUCCACCAGCUGGUCAGAAUUUACCAUCAACUCUAAAACAGCUCCCCCUGCUGCUGGUCAAGAAGACAGGCCUUUGUGAUGGACAAGACAGGGCCAAUGGACAUUCAGGCUCUCCAAAACUGGUUUUGGUCACCUCAGUGAAGCUGAAUGAGUUGAACACUUGAAUCACAGAUUUAUUUAAGAAUCAGGUGGACGUCUCUUUCAGGGCAAUAAAUGACUCCUUCAGAUUUG